GAUCGUUUGCGGAUUAAUUGGGUAAAAGUGAAACUUCUGGCUAUUGAAAGCAAUCGAUCAAAAUUCUAAAAUACCUUUGGACGAUAUUUCGUUCAAAAUUCGAAGCCUAAAAUGCUUUUCCUCACCGCCCGAGUCGAUCACACGGCCGAGCAGAUUUUCAAAAUUAAUCAACUCAGGCAGCUGGUGGAGAAGUGCGAGGAUCUAAAUGUGGGCACCGAGGACACGCUGCUGACCAAGUUCCUGCACUACACGCGCUGGGACACAAUCAAGGCCUACCAGGCCAUACACGCCUACUAUGAGUUCAAGAUGCGCCAUCCCACCUGGGUGGCCCGCCACCCCAUUGAGCACUAUCGUCAGCUCUUCUACGGCACCCACUGCCGCUACGUCAUGCCCCAGGUGGAUCGCAAUGGACGGGUGCUGGUGGUCUUCAAGACGGUGGAUGGGUUCCGGGACUACCCCGACUAUCUGCAGAGUCUCGUCGAGAUGGACGACCUGAUCUUCGAGUCGCUCCUGCUGCUCCCACAUGUCCAGCAGAAUGGGAUAACGGUCAUUUGUGAUCUCCAAGGGACAACCCGAAAUUUUCUGCGACAAUUUUCACCAGCAUUUAUGAAGGUGGUGAACGAAAAGAACGGAGUUCUGCCUUUCAGUCAGCGUAUCGUACAUAUAAUACAACGCGGUUUCCUGAUGCACGUAACCUCCACUUUGUUUAUGCCCUUCAUGAACAAGGAAUUCAAGGAAAAGAUCUUUACCCACGACGGGCGACAUCUUAGCAAGCUCCGCGAAAUGGUGGGCUACGAAAGUCUACCCGCGGAAUAUGGAGGUCCUGCGACGAACGUCCUGGAUACGAACUUGAUAUUCAAUCACUUGAGCCAAAAUGCGGAGUAUCUGGAAAAGCUGCAGACUUACGGAAAGAUAUAGAAAAAUAUAAGAAACUAUUGUUUACUAUUUUAUAAGUAUUUCUGAACAUAAACCACAUAUAAUGCCUAUUAAUAAUU